ACUGUGCUUGGUUUAGCUCUCAGUGCUUCUUUGAAUGCUCCUAUCGAAAAGACAGACUUUGGUGUCUUUAGAAUGUAAAAUUUUAUCUAGAAAAAAUAAAUAAAUAAAAAAAAAAAAAAGGCCUCCAAUAGGGUAACGCACAACCCGGGGGAAACCGUCCAAAUCCCCGGCUGCUUUACAUUUUUGUGUAUCUUGAAAAAAAAUCAGUGUAAGAGUUUCUCUUUUUACUUAUUUCCCUUAUUAAAAGAAACAUGCCAUCCUCUUGCAAAGAAAUCAGAGAAGAACUCAUUGAGUGCAUGCUCAAAUCCGACUGUGUAUUAAUUAAACGUAAUUCAGUCAGAGAGUGUUUUAAAGAAGAGCAUAAAGCAGACGUCCCUUCAGAAUGUGUGAGUAUCAAGAAGAGUUUCGGCGAUUGUCGUCGUGGCAUGAUGGAUCCCCGCAUGCGUUUCCGUGGAAACAAAACUCAAUAGAACAAGCCCAUACCCAUGUAUAUUAUUAAUCAAGAAUUACAAAAGAAUAAAAAGAUGUGU